AAGCAAGCCUCACUCAGGUCACCGUCAACGGCCAUAGAUCAGAUUUGAAAUCGCUUCUUUUCCAAUUCAUUUCCCCAAGUUUUUCGCAUCGUAAUCGCGUUGAUAAUUGUCUCACCAUUAUUGCCAAGUUCCCCACCAUCCAUCGCUCCUCUUGGCUGCUUGUAUACCUUGUUGCGCAUCAAGAUUGUGCAUUUCCAUCUCCCCGAGUCGUCCCAAUGGCGACCACCCUUUCCGAUUCCUUCUCCUCAGUGGACCACUCAACGGCUGUAAUCAUACCCAGCAAAACCCAGCCCCUCGCUGUGUCCUACAAAGCACUCUCUGCCGAAGUGCUGUCCUUCCAAAAGAAACUCGCAAAGCUCGGUCUCACCCCUGAGGCCGCCGUCUCCAUCGCUCUCCCCAAUACAUACGAAUUCAUUGUUGCAUUUCUCGCCAGCGCCUGGCAAAGAGGAAUUGCCGCCCCUCUCAACUCGGCGUACAAACAGGAAGAGUUUGAGUUCUACAUUGAUGAUCUGAAGUCUGCCGUGGCUCUGGUGCCAAAGGGCUCUUUCCAAAAAGAUGGGCCAGCCGUGAGAGCUGCGAGAAAAUACCAAGCUGCAAUUGCUGAAUGCUAUUGGAAUGGACAAGAAGUUGUGUUGGACGUGAAAGAUGAGGGAAAGUUGAAGGGGAAAGGGAACCAAAAGGUCGAGCAGGCUCAGCCAGAUGAUAUCGCUCUCGUCCUCCAUACGAGUGGUACCACCGGCCGACCCAAGGCAGUGCCAUUGACCCACCGAAACCUCACCCGAACCAUGAAGAAUAUCAAGGAUACUUACCAGCUCACAACAGCUGAUCGUACUAUGCUUGUGAUGCCAUUGUUCCAUGUUCACGGUCUUCUAGCUGGUUUUCUAGCACCCCUUUAUUCUGGAGGAUCUGUUGUAGUGCCCCUCAAAUUCUCUGCUUCCGAAUUCUGGGAUGAUUUUAUCACUCACAAAGCCAAUUGGUAUACUGCUGUACCAACCAUCCACCAGAUUCUUCUCAAAAACCCACCUCCUGCCACAAAACCCAACAUUCGUUUCAUCAGAUCAUGUUCCUCCCCUCUCUCACCAACUACUUUCCACCAGUUGGAAGAGACUUAUAAUGCACCCGUUCUUGAAGCGUAUGCCAUGACUGAAGCUGCACAUCAAAUGACAUCAAACCCUCUUCCACCAGGAAAACGACAACCAGGAAGUGUUGGUAUUGGGCAAGGUGUAGAAAUUGCCAUUAUCGACCAAGAAGGAAACAAGGUUCCUCAAGGAAAAGAGGCGGAAAUCUGUAUUCGCGGCGAGAAUGUCACCAAGGGAUAUUUGAACAACUCUGAAGCCAACAAGUCAUCCUUCACCAAAGAUGGAUAUUUCAGAACUGGUGAUCAAGGAAAACAAGACAAGGAUGGCUAUGUGAUUAUCACAGGGCGAAUUAAGGAAUUAAUCAAUAAGGGUGGAGAGAAAAUCAGCCCCAUUGAGCUUGACAAUGUUCUUGCACGUCAUCCCAAGAUUAGCGAGGCUGUCAGUUUCGCCAUUCCAGACGAGAUGUAUGGACAAGAAGUUGCCGUGGCGAUUGUGCCAAAGAGCGGACAGAAACUGAGCGAGAAAGAAUUGAGAGAUUGGAUUUCAGAGAAAGUUGCCAAAUUCAAGAUUCCCAAGAAGGUAUGUAUUCCCUCAAACUCCCCACAGUUAGUAGAACCUCCGACUGACUUUCGAAAACCCUUCAGAUUUACUUCACAGACAACAUGCCCAAGACUGCCACAGGCAAGAUUCAACGCCGCAUUGUAGCCGAUACAAUGAUGAAGCAGGACGUCCCCAAGGCAAAACUCUAGUUCUGCUAUACUGUACACUUUAUGAAAUCCCAAUCUCGACCGACAUACCUCUUCCAGGAUAGAUCGACACUAAUUGAGCUCACCGAAACCCCAUGCUGUUAGAUACACGAAUAAUCAUAUGAGUUUGUAUUAUUUUCCCCCUCUUUUAACGAUCAUACAACGUUGGAAGACUUGAGUGGUAGAUAGAUUUCUUUUACAAAUGAAACAUUUAUUGAAAAC